AUGCCGGCUGGAAAAAGGGUUCGACGUACAGUUUUCUCUGAUAGUGAAACUGAGGAGGCUGAGAUCGCAGAAGAAGAACCGAGACAAACUAGAUCUAGUUCAAAAAGAGCACGUCAGUCUGCAACUGAAGAAAUUAGGGCACGUCGAUCGGCAACUGAAGAAAUUAAUGGUUUUCCUGACGAAAUGUCUUUUGAUGAAGAUACCUAUUUUGAAGAUGAUGAUUUUGGUAGAGAAUCAGCCGAAGAAUUGGAAAGAACGAAAUUAAGGAGAAAAAGUUCAACUGGGGUAAUAGCAGAGUCUAGUGUCAUCGAAUCAAUAGAAUUAUUGGAUUUUAUGUGUCAUAAAUUUCUUAAAGUUAAUUUCGGUCCAAAAAUAAAUUUCAUUAUUGGGCAUAAUGGAAGUGGUAAAAGCGCCAUUUUAACGGGAAUCACGGUUUGUCUUGGAGGUAAGGCCAAUGUGACGAAUCGUGCGUCAAACUUAAAAUCUCUGAUUCGUGAAGGCGCAAGUGUUGCACAAGUAACUUUGAAAUUACGGAAUCGAGGUGCUGAUGCGUAUCGUCAUGAAGUUUAUGGUGAUUCCAUUGUUAUUGAGCGUAGGAUUAGUCGAGAUGGUAGUAAUGGUUAUAAAAUCAAGACUAGUGGUGGGAAGGUGGUUUCUGGAAAACGAGAAGAAUUAAAUGCUAUUUUAGAUCAUAUGGCAAUUCAAGUGGACAAUCCUAUGAAUGUUCUAUCACAAGAUACUGCACGUCAAUUUUUACACUCUUCAAGUCCGGAAGAUAAAUAUAAGUUUUUCAUGAAAGGAACUCAAUUGACACAACUGAGUGAAGAUUAUGAAUUAAUACGCGAAAGUAUCGAAACGACACAAAAUAUUAUAAAACAUAAAAAAGAAGUGCUGCCAGAUCUACUUAGAGCAGCUAAAGAUGCAGAAGCAAGAUAUAAAGAUAUGCAAAAAGCCCGUGAACUUGAAUUAACAGUUGCUGGCUUGAAGGAUCAAAUGGCCUGGGCCCAAGUUGAAGAAAAAGAACAGGAGGUUGCAGAAUCAGAAGCAAACUUGCUAAAGGCUAGAAGACGAUUACCAACCGUUCAAGCGCGUCUAGAUCAAGAACAAGCAAAAUUCGAUGAAAUCAACUUGGUUAUUUCGGAAUUAGAACAGAGACUUCAUGAACACGCUACUAUUACUCAACCUUUACAAAACAGGAAAAAAGAAUUACAGAUUCAAGUGAAAGAGAAAGCGAAGCAAUUACGCGAGAUUCAUAAAGAGGAAAGAGAAAUAAAUGACUUUAUUAAAAAUUUGAAACACUCUGUUGAAACAUAUCGAUCAAAGAUAAAUGAGGAAGCACUUAAAUUACAAGAGGAUAAUCGUCAAAAACGGGAAUAUACAUUAAAUGCUGUCAGGGAAAGGGAAAAUGAGGUCAAUAUGUUAACGCAGGAACGUCAUGAACUAUUGACAAAAACUGAAAAUUUAGUUGAGAAAAUUGAACACAUAAAAAAUGAAAAACGGUCAAUUACACAUAAUAUUCUACGUAGCGAAGAUGAGAUUCAACGACAAAAUGAACUAAUACAACAGUUAAGAGAUCAAAAGAGUGAUAAUCUCAAGGCCUUUGGUCCUUCAAUACCUGAUGUGCUUAAUGCCAUUAAUCAUGAGACUCGCUGGCGUAAGAAACCUGUUGGUCCUUUUGGAAGAUAUAUUAAGCUAACAAAACCUGAAUGGAGAAAUACUUUGGAAUCAGUUAUUGGACAUUCUUUGACAGCUUUUUCUGUUAGUAAUCAUCAUGAUCAACAACUACUAUCAGGGAUUUUAAAAAGAUUUCACUGCAACUCUCCAAUUAUUGUUGGUGAGGAUGACCAUUUUGAUUACUCCUCUGGAGAACCUAGCAGCCAUGAAAAUGUUAAACGACGACUUAUAAUUCAACAUCAUAUUGAAUCAGUUAUUCUUGUUGAAAAGCGUGCUGAAGCUGAUUUGAUUAUGAACAAUGAUGGAAGAGGGUUCCCUUAUAAUGUCAGCGCAUGCUACACCGUUGAUGGGUUCAAAGUUGGGCAUAGAGGUGGUGGCUAUUUAACGCAGUCAAUUUACACCUACAGAGGACCUGCUAGAUUUACACAAGAUAUUGAUGCUCAAAUUCGAGAUACACAAGAAAAAAUUAAAGAUGCAACCUUUAUGAGAAAUCGGUAUAUCACCGAAUUAAGAAGAGCCGACGUGGAAAUUGAUAAAGCGAAUCAAGAACAUAGGGAAAUCCAAAACAAGAUUAAUGAGUAUCAACGCCGUGGAAAACAAUUGAAUAAUGAAAUAAUUCAGUUGAAAGAAGAUCUACAGGAAGAUGAACCGGCAAAUAUUGCUGCAUUGGAAGAAGCAAUAAGAGAAGCUGAAAUUGAGAUAGAACAAUAUAAAAGAAAUUAUGCAUCACUUCAAGAACAAAAAGUGCAACUAGAUAAUGAACUAUUACCACUAGUCACUGAAAUUGAAGAAGUGAGCAAACGGCUUAAUGAUAUGUCAAGCGAAGUAGACGUUCUUAAUGAGCAAAUAGAAGAACAAGUGUCAAUGCGUGUGACUUGCUCGAACAAUAAGACGCAUUGGGAAAGAAAAUUGAUACAAGAGCAACAAAAAAUCAAUGUUGUUGAGGAAGAAGUAAAGAAUAAGAAAGCUGUUCUGGAGGAUUGGACAAAGCAGGCUGAGGAUUAUUGUCCAGAACGUGUAGAAGUUACGAAACCAGCGAAUGAAUUAGAUCGUGAGAUCAAACAAAUUCAAAAUCGUUUACGAGAAAGAGAAAAAGAACAGGGUUCAAGCCUUGAAGAAAUCGCUUCUGAUAUGAAAGCAAAAGGUGAUGAUUACCGACACGCAAAAACCGAAAUUGGUCAUAUGGAAAAUUUUACUAAAGAUCUCAAAUCGGCUUUGCACUCACGUAUGCAAAAGUGGCGAAAUUUUCGUACUUUCAUAUCUGUUCGUGCAAGGAUUCAAUUUACAUAUCAGUUAUCGAAACGUGGGUAUACUGGUAAGCUAUUGUUUGAACAUCAAAAUAAAAGAUUGAAUCUCCGGGUACAAAUUGAAGAACAAACAAAUCAAAGUUCUGAUAAAGAUCCAAAAUCGUUAUCCGGAGGGGAAAAAUCAUUUUCAACUAUAUGUUUGUUGCUUGCACUUUGGGAAGCGAUGGGAUCAGAUUGCACACAGUAUAUCUUAAUUACUCCUCAGGACGCGAGUAACGUUUCUCCCGGGCCAGACGUCCGUGUACAUCGUUUACAAGACCCUGAAAGAGGACAAGGAAUCCUCAACCAGUGA